CCUGCGGUACCCAAUCUCUGGCAGUGAUUCCAGCUAUUGGCUCGGAGUCCUGACAGUCGGACUGCAUCUGCAGGGCUGGAAUAUUAUUCUCUUCAAAGCUAUUUAGCGUAGCAGUACAACUUCAUCUAAGCAGUGGAGCAGGGAACAUAGCUACAUUUUGUUUUUCUGGCUGUGGUAAAAGCAUGUUUUAGUAAGUCCUGAAUUCUACAGCAGAAGAUUUGCCUUUUUCCUUUAACUACUUUGAAGUAACUUGGAUCACUUUUGCAGAAACAUUCUUAAAUACACAGACAUGAUGGGAGCUGAUAUAGCAGAGCAAGUACUGGACCAAACUUAGUCACCUGCUUUACCUGAAAGACCUCACCUUGCCCUGUUUGAGAAAGUAUCUGGAGUGGCAGCCGUGCAGGUGAUGGUUUCAGACUAUGUACUUGACUUUGUAUUAUCCUUUGCCCAUUUUCUGAUUUGCUUGCGAAGUAUAUUCCUCGCAUGCACAAACAUACAUACUCAUGGUAGAUGCUAAGGGGAGGAACAUGAAAUGUCUUACCUUCUUCUUGAUGCUUCCAGAGACUGUGAAAACCAAGUCCAGGUCCAAAAAAGGCCCAAAGAAGGGGAACACUAAUAGCAGCAGGUUGCCUCCAGUUUGCUAUGAAAUCAUUACCUUGAGGAGUAAGAAAAAGAAGAUGGCUGCUGAGAUUUUUCCCAGUAAGAAACCAGCCACCACCACCACCACCACAACAGCCAGUGUCCAGGAAUGUCAUCAACAAAAUCUGAAUAACAACAACACUAUCCAGGCUACAAACUGGCAGGGAAUUUAUCCAACAAUUCGUGAGAGAAAUUCGGUGAUGUUCAACAACGAGCUGAUGGCAGAUGUUCAUUUUGUGGUUGGUCCACCAGGUGGGACUCAGCGAGUGCCUGGUCAUAAACACCUACUCCUGCUUGGGACCUCAAUUUUCCAUGCCCUCUUCUAUCAGGAGUAUUCAGAAUCCAAGAAAAGGAUCAGCUUACCUGAUGUAGAACCCACAGCCUUCUGCAUCAAAAGCAAGUAUAUUUACUGUGAUGAAAUUGAUUUGGCUGCUGAUACAGUGCUGGCAACUCUUUAUGCUGCAAAGAAGUACAUUGUGCCCCAUCUUGCCCGAGCCUGUGUCAACUUUCUGGAGACCAGUCUUAGCGCAAAGAAUGCCUGUGUGCUGUUAUCCCAAAGUUGUUUGUUUGAGGAGCCAGAUCUGACUCUGCGCUGUUGGGAGGUGAUUGAUGCACAAGCAGAGCUUGCACUGCGUUCAGAGGGUUUCUGUGAUAUUGAUUUUCAGACCCUAGAGAGCAUACUUAAGAGAGAGACCCUCAAUGCAAAGGAGAUUGUAGUGUUUGAGGCUGUGCUUAACUGGGCUGAGGCAGAAUGCCAGCGUCAAGACUUGAUUGUUACCAAUGAAAAUAAACGUAAAGUACUAGGAAAAGCUAUCUACUUGGUCCGUAUUCCUGCUAUGGCACUUGAUGAUUUUGCAAAUGGAGCAGCUCAGUCAGGAAUUUUGACUCUAAAUGAAACUAAUGAUAUUUUUCUGUGGUAUACGGCAUCCAAAAAGCCAGACUUGCAGUUUGUUUGCAAACCCCGGAAAGGUCUGAUUCCACAGAAGUGCCAUCGAUUUCAAUCCUGUGCCUACCGCAGUAAUCAGUGGCGGUACAGAGGUCGAUGUGAUAGCAUCCAGUUUGCUGUUGAUAAAAGGGUGUUCAUUGCAGGAUUUGGGUUAUAUGGAUCCAGUUGUGGCUCUGCAGAAUACAGUGCCAAGAUUGAACUUAAACGCCAAGGUGCCCUUUUAGGACAGAAUCUCAGUAAAUAUUUCUCCGAUGGAGCAAGCCACACUUUUCCAGUUUGGUUUGAAUAUCCAGUGCAAAUUGAGCCUGAUACUUUCUAUACAGCUAGCGCCGUUUUGGAUGGCAAUGAACUGAGUUACUUUGGACAGGAUGGGAUGACAGAGGUUCAGUGUGGGAAGGUGACUUUCCAGUUCCAGUGCUCAUCAGAUAGUACCAAUGGUACAGGAGUACAAGGAGGGCAAAUACCAGAACUGAUUUUCUAUGCGUAAGGAGUAUUUUGCGGACUGAUGUGCUGUGUAUUGCACAGUACCAUUAUGUGCAGCUGUAUGGUUUAUAGCAAACUUGGUUUAAAGGGUAGAGAUCUGUAGGUGAUUGCAUUAUAUCUUCGACAUUCACCUAUAUUAAAAGAAAUCUUUCUUAGAGAAAAGCCAGUCAGUGUACUUUUUAGUUAGUUUUUAGCUCAGUUUGUCUUCUCCUUACCCUCUAAAAUUUGCUGAUGAUGUAUCACAUUGAUGCUAAAUUAACUGACCUUUUAAAGGCUAAUUAUUAAAUGCACAGGAAGGCUGCUUUUUAUAAUGUCUGCAGUACACAGAGCAUAGUUCUGAUGUGAAGUAGCAUCCUGCGUCACAUAGAACAGGCGCAUUGAUCUGUGUCCGUUAGCAGACACUGUUGUGCCCUUUACCUUUCCUUCAGUGUACAUGCUAGUGACGUGAAAAGUGCUAUAAAGUAUCACUUGUCAACAAAAUUGUUUUAAGCAAAUAGAUCCAUAGUUUCCCUAACUUGAAAUGACAUCACCUUAGAAAUUACAAAGACAUUAAUAAAAUACUUUUCAGAAUA